AUGGACGACCUCGAGUCCCUUGAGUUGUUCUCGCUCGUGUCGCGAGUGACGAACGAGUUCGAGAAUCACUUGGGAAUCGCCGACAAGACUCUCGCAGAGUUCGUGAUCGAUCAACAUAUCAAAUGCAAUGGGAACUUCUCCGAAUUCAAGAAGUUCUUCGACGACAUGGGCGGCGAAUUCCCCCAGAGUCUCCUAGAGAGUGUCGACCGGAUGGUGCUUACGAUGCACCCGAAGUACAAAGGGAAGAAAACGGAAACCAGCAACGGGGCUUCUGAGGAAAAUGGCGACAUGGACUUGCUUGAUGCUCUGUCAAAGAAGUCCCGCGUGUUCAAGGGCCUUGCGGUUCCUGACACGGAGAAGCGCUGGGAGGAAGACGACUACCUCGACCGUGGAGGAGCAGAUGAGGCCGAUGCACAGGCGGGCGCAAUGGACGAUACUUUCGCGAUGUUGGAGGGCUUAGCUGGGAAAGCAAAGGAGGACAAACCACAGGCGCCGAAAAUCGACCGCGGCAGCAGGAAGCGCAGCCGCAGUCCCGGACACAACGAUUAUGACCGCGGGCGACGGAGAGAUAAAUACCGCUCGCGAUCAAGGUCUCGAAGUCCCCCGCGACACAGCAAAUACGACGAUUACGUGGAUGAAUUUGGGAGAUCGAUUGAGAAACAUGUCAACCGGGAAGACAGCCGCCGCAACGGCCACAGUGACCGUCGGAGACGCCGUGAUCGGGACGAUGAUGAAGAUUUCCGCCGUCCUCCACCUAAGGAACUGGAUGAUCACCCGGUCCUCUACAAAGUCUAUGAUGGAACUGUGACGGGUGUGAAGGAUUUUGGUGCCUUUGUGAACUUGCAAGGCGUCAAGGGGAAGGUUGAUGGUCUUGUUCAUGUGUCGGCGAUGCAGGAAGGAGCACGAGUAAAUCAUCCGUCCGACUUGGUUUCUCGUGGACAACCAGUCAAAGUCAAAGUGGCCAGUAUCCAGGGCACUCGCAUCGGACUGUCCAUGAAGGAAGUGGAUCAAGUGACGGGCAUGGACCUUGUUCCCCAGAAGCGUCUCGCUUCUGGUGCAAAUAUGGAACGUCUCGAUGGCACAACGGCCGAUGACAGAUACGGCAAUCUCAGCUCUGAUGUGCCCCCAAUGCGCAACCGAAAGCGCAUGACUUCGCCAGAGAGAUGGGAAAUCAGGCAGCUGAUCGCCUCCGGUGUUGCCUCUGCCGCAGAUUAUCCCGAUAUUGACGAGGAAUAUAAUGCAACGCUCACAGGAGAGGGGACCUUCGAAGAGGAGGAAGAUGUCGAUAUUGAGGUCAGAGAUGAGGAGCCUCCCUUCCUGGCUGGCCAGACGAAGCAAUCUCUGGAACUCUCCCCUAUCCGUGUCGUCAAGGCUCCCGAUGGUUCGAUGAACCGCUCUGCUAUGGCAGGCACCAAUCUUGCCAAGGAGAGACGCGAAUUGAAGCAGCAGGAAGCACAAGACAAAGCAGCUGAAAAGGCUGCUAAUGUCGAUCUCAACGCGCAGUGGCAGGACCCCAUGGUUGCACCAGAGGAACGCAAGUUUGCCGCCGAUCUGCGGAGUGCACAGCAGCCCAAGCAGGACGAGGCUUUGCCAGAGUGGAAGAGAGUGACGAUGGGCAAGAAUGCCUCCUUCGGAAAGCGAACAACAAUGUCAAUGAAGCAACAACGCGAGAGUCUACCAGUCUACAAGUUCCGGAAACAACUGUUGGAUGCUGUCAAAGACAACCAAAUGAUGAUCGUUGUCGGAGACACAGGCUCUGGGAAAACCACGCAGUUGACACAGUACCUGGCUGAGGGCGGUUAUGCAAACAACGGAAUAAUCGGCUGCACCCAGCCUCGCCGUGUCGCCGCCAUGUCGGUGGCUAAACGUGUGGCCGAGGAAGUUGGCUGCAAGCUCGGAGCAGAGGUUGGAUAUACCAUCCGUUUUGAGGACUGCACCAGCCCAGAAACCAAGAUCAAAUACAUGACCGAUGGAAUGCUCCAGAGAGAAAUUCUUCUGGAUCCAGAUCUCAAAAGAUACUCUGUGAUCAUGCUCGACGAGGCCCACGAGCGCACUAUCGCCACUGAUAUCUUGUUUGGAUUGUUGAAGAAGACAGUCAAGCGAAGACCCGAUCUCAGACUCAUUAUUACAUCCGCUACGCUGGAUGCUGAGAAAUUCUCCGAAUACUUCCACGGUUGUCCUAUUUUCUCUAUUCCCGGCCGAACAUUCCCUGUCGAAGUCCUAUAUUCCAAGGAGCCAGAGUCCGAUUACCUAGAUGCCGCACUCAUCACCGUCAUGCAAAUUCACCUGACGGAGCCGCAAGGUGACAUUCUAGUCUUCUUAACGGGCCAAGAAGAGAUUGACACAGCAUGUGAAAUCCUAUUUGAGCGUAUGAAAGCACUAGGGCCGACAGUUCCUGAACUGGUCAUCCUACCUGUUUACUCUGCACUUCCCAGUGAGAUGCAGAGUAGAAUCUUCGAUCCGGCACCCCCAGGCGGACGUAAAGUUGUCAUCGCGACAAACAUUGCCGAGACUUCGAUCACGAUUGAUCAGAUUUACUACGUUAUCGAUCCCGGAUUUGUGAAGCAGAACGCAUACGACCCGAAACUCGGCAUGGACUCUCUUGUGGUGACCCCAAUCUCGCAAGCGCAGGCCAAACAAAGAGCUGGUCGUGCCGGAAGAACUGGUCCUGGAAAGUGUUUCCGAUUGUAUACUGAGGCCGCCUACCAGUCCGAAAUGCUUCCAACGACUAUUCCCGAAAUCCAGCGUCAGAACCUCUCGCACACUAUUCUCAUGCUCAAGGCGAUGGGAAUCAACGACCUCCUCCACUUUGAUUUCAUGGACCCUCCACCGACGAACACUAUGUUGACAGCCCUCGAAGAACUAUAUGCCUUGUCAGCCCUUGACGAUGAAGGUCUCUUGACUCGACUCGGACGUAAGAUGGCUGAUUUCCCAAUGGAGCCUGCGCUUGCCAAGGUUCUCAUCGCAUCUGUGGAUGCCGGCUGCUCCGAUGAAAUGUUGAGCAUUGUAGCCAUGCUCUCGAUCCAAUCAGUCUUCUACCGCCCCAAAGAGAAACAGCAGCAAGCAGACCAGAAGAAGGCCAAAUUCCACGAUCCACACGGCGAUCAUCUAACCCUACUUAAUGUGUACAAUGGGUGGAAGAACGCAAACUUCAACAACGCCUGGUGCUUCGAAAACUUCAUUCAAGCACGGCAAAUCAAGCGUGCGCAAGAUGUGCGCCAGCAGCUCCUCGGCAUCAUGAACCGCUAUAAGCACCGCAUCGUCUCUUGUGGCCGGGAUACCAUGAAAGUCCGGCAAUCUCUCUGCACCGGAUUCUUCCGCAACGCAGCCCGCAAGGAUCCCCAGGAAGGGUACAAGACUCUCGUGGAAGGCACACCUGUGUAUAUGCACCCCAGCUCCGCGAUGUUCGGCAAACCGGCCGAGCAUGUCAUCUACCACACCUUGGUCCUCACAACCAAGGAGUACAUGCACUGCACCACUGCCAUCGAGCCGAAAUGGCUCGUGGAGGCGGCGCCGACCUUCUUCAAGGUUGCCCCUACAGAUCGGCUGUCGAAGCGCAAGAAGGCGGAGCGCAUCCAGCCUUUGCACAACCGCUUUGCUGGCGAAGACGAUUGGCGUAUCUCUGCCCAGCGGCGACAGGGAAGAGGUGGUGGUGGUGGUACUUGGGGUUAA